UCAAUUGUCAAAUAAAUUUGACAAGUGCAACCGCGCAUUGCGCGCGUAUUUACAUUAUUCUUUUCAUUUAAUUUAAAUCCAACGUUAUUUCAGGAAAGUGAACGUGUUUUAUAUCUAUAUUGCUUUUGUAAAUCAGUCAGGACAAUGAGUGACGACGACAUAACUAUAAUGGAGGUGGACGAGCCGGAGCCGAAGGCGUCGAAAGCAAGCCAGAGCAAGCCGGCGGGACACCUGCCCUGGAUUGAGAAGUACCGGCCUCAGACGUUCGCGGAUAUCGUCGGGAAUGAGGAUACUGUGGCCCGGCUGGCGGUGUUCGCGCGCACGGGCAACGCGCCCAACAUCAUCAUCGCGGGGCCACCCGGCGUGGGUAAGACCACGACGAUCCUGUGCCUGGCGCGCGCGCUGCUGGGCCCCGCGUUCAAGGACGCCGUGCUCGAGCUGAACGCCUCCAACGACCGUGGCAUCGACGUCGUGCGCAACAAAAUCAAGAUGUUCGCGCAACAGAAGGUGACACUGCCACCGGGAAGACACAAGAUCGUCAUCUUGGACGAGGCUGACAGCAUGACAGAGGGUGCCCAGCAGGCCCUGCGGCGCACCAUGGAGCUGUACUCAGCCACCACGCGUUUUGCGCUAGCUGCCAAUACCUCUGAGAAGAUCAUUGAGCCUAUACAGUCACGCUGUGCUGUGCUACGAUACUCCAAGCUUACAGAUGCCCAGAUACUCGCUAAGGUGGUAGAGGUAUGCGAGAAAGAGCAGCUAUCGUACACAGAAGAGGGCGUGAGCGCGGUGGUGUUCACGGCGCAGGGCGACCUCCGCGCCGCGCUCAACAACCUGCAGGCCACGGCGCAGGGCUUCCGCCACGUGGCGCCCGACAGCGUGUUCAGGGUGUGCGACGAGCCGCACCCCAUGCUCGUGCGGGGCAUGCUGGAGGCCUGCACCAGGCAGGAUAUACAUGAGGCCUAUAAGGUGAUUGCGAAGCUGUGCAAACUAGGCUACGCGGCCGAGGACAUCGUGUCCAACAUCUUCCGCGUGUGCAAGACGCUGGACGCCAGCGAAGAGCUGCGGCUGGCCUUCAUCCGCGAGGUCGGGCUGACGCACAUGCGCGUGGCCGACGGGCUGGCGGCGCCGCUGCAGCUGGCCGGCCUGCUGGCCCGCAUGUGUCGCGUGGCCGGCGGAGGGGACUCGGACUGGUGACGCACAUGCGCGUGGCCGACGGGCUGGCGGCGCCGCUGCAGCUGGCCGGCCUGCUGGCCCGCAUGUGUCGCGUGGCCGGCGGAGGGGACUCGGACUGGUGACGCACAUGCGCGUGGCCGACGGGCUGGCGGCGCCGCUGCAGCUGGCCGGCCUGCUGGCCCGCAUGUGUCGCGUGGCCGGCGGAGGGGACUCGGACUGGUGACGCACAUGCGCGUGGCCGACGGGCUGGCGGCGCCGCUGCAGCUGGCCGGCCUGCUGGCCCGCAUGUGUCGCGUGGCCGGCGGAGGGGACUCGGACUGGUGACGCACAUGCGCGUGGCCGACGGGCUGGCGGCGCCGCUGCAGCUGGCCGGCCUGCUGGCCCGCAUGUGUCGCGUGGCCGGCGGAGGGGACUCGGACUGGUGACGCACAUGCGCGUGGCCGACGGGCUGGCGGCGCCGCUGCAGCUGGCCGGCCUGCUGGCCCGCAUGUGUCGCGUGGCCGGCGGAGGGGACUCGGACUGGUGACGUGGAGGGGCGACUAGUGAUACUUUAUAAAUACUAACUAUGAGGCGGGUCCACACAGAGCGAUUAGCCUCGCGAGGAAUUUUCCUCGCACGGCAAACGGCCGGCCUCGUGCUCGUUUAACUUUUGCCUCACCCGAGCCAAUUUGCUCGGCAAGAUGGCGUCUCUCAGUCAGCUGUUCAAAAUGGCGCCACACGAAAUGACUCAGUGGCUUAAGUUUCUUUUAUUUUGCAAUUUAAAGCAAUUUAAAAGAAAAUGAGAAAGAAACCAACGACCCGACAAUUUGCGACACUCGUUAUUAGUAUUAUUAUUUUUCCAACGUUGUCAUAUUCUACUUUUAACGUAAGUACGAACAAAAUAACCACGCGCAUCAUGAACAAACACAGCAAACGUCUGAGGCGCCUUUGAGCAUGCCGAAUAACCGACACCGAACGGUUCAGCCAAGGUCGCGCUCGGACGAGGAAAACGCGCGCGCUGUCUCGAGUCACGUCUACACUGACCGUUUUGUGCGCGAGGAAAUUGCCUCGCGCGUAUGCUCGCUCUGUGUGGACCCGCCUACUCGUAUUUAUAUGGUAACUGUGAAGAAGUGACGUGAGUGAAGUGACUAAAAACUGUAUGCAAAUUUCAUGAGUGCAUUGUAAUAUGCCUACAUUGAUGAAUGAGGAUUUUCAUGAAAAGGAAUCUCGAAAUUGUCUCAUUUAAUAGUAUACAAAAGUGAAAAACCUGUUCAUACUGUCGACGGAGGAGUUUCAGUGAGACAAUUAAGUUAAAGUUAUUCCAUAUGCUACUAUAUUCCAUGCCUUUUAAUGUGUAAGAAUACAUUGUUAUACUUUUUACAA